GUGGGUGAAACGGCGUGUAAUUAUCACGGUCCUGUAUGCGUAGCUGUGCAGCAAACAAAUACACGCGCAUUUGGCGGAAUUUAUGUAAUUAUGUAGCUACAGGCACCAAUUUUAAUAUUAGUGUUGGGAAUAAAAACCCGAGCGAUCUAAGAAAACAAUAGUUUUAAUUAAUAAAAACAAACAAUUUUAAUAAGAACUUGGUGUAGGGGAUUAUACCAAUAUAUUUUUAAUUUGUUGAUGGGAAAACUAGCCAGCGUUUACAAAGGACAGGAAGGCAGUCCUAGGUUGGAGUAAGCCAACGUUGCAAGCGUCGACAGUGGUUGCAAGGCGUGGAAAGUGCGUGCUUGAGUCCUCAUUCCGGCCUUCACUGAAGCCGGGACCUGGAGUUUGGAAGAGCUGAAGAGUCGAUAUGGCGGUAAACUUGGACAAAGAGGCAUAUUACCGCCGAAUUAAACGACUGUAUGGCAAUUGGAAGAAAGGCGAAGAUGAGUUUGGUAAGGUGGAUGCCAUCGUGGUGUCUGUUGGAGUGGAUGAAGAGAUUGUGUACGCGAAAUCCACUGCACUUCAGACAUGGCUGUUUGGUUACGAGUUGACAGACACUAUCAUGGUGUUCUGUGAGACCAAGAUCAUUUUCUUGGCCAGCAAGAAGAAAGUGGAGUUCCUUAAACAGGUGGCCAUUACCAAGGGCAAUGAGAAUGCCAAUGGAAUCCCACCCAUUACUCUCCUGGUCAGAGAGAAGAAUGAGAGCAAUAAGGCUAACUUUGAGAAGAUGAUAGAAGCAAUCCGUGGCAGUAAAGCGGGAAAGACGGUGGGCGUCUUUAUCAAGGACAAAUUCCCUGGAGAGUACAUGAAGAGCUGGAAUGACAUGAUCACAGCUGAGGGCCUGGAGAAGGUGGAUAUCAGUGCAGUGGUGGCAUACACGAUGGCAGUGAAAGAAGACGGUGAGCUGGCCCUGAUGAAGAAGGCCGCUGCGAUCACCAGCGACGUCUUUACAAAGUUCUUCAAGGAGAGGGUCAUGGAGAUAGUGGAUGCUGACGAGAAAGUGAAGCACAGCCGGCUGGCAGAGUCUGUGGAGAAGGCGAUUGAGGACAGGAAGUAUUUGGGUGGUGUUGACCCCUCAACUGUGGAGAUGUGCUACCCCCCAAUCAUCCAGAGCGGUGGCAACUACAGCCUCAAAUUUAGUGUGGUCAGUGAUAAGAACCACAUGCACUUCGGCGCCAUAACGUGUGCGAUGGGCAUCCGCUAUAAGUCGUACUGCUCCAAUCUGGUACGCACCCUCAUGGUGGACCCACCACAGGAAAUGCAGGACAAUUACAACUUCCUCCUGCAGGUGGAGGAGGAACUGCUCAAGGAGCUCAAACACGGCGUGAAGAUCUGUGAUGCGUACAAUGCCGUCAUGGAAUAUGCCAAAAAGGAGAAACCAGAUCUGGUUAGCAAACUUACGAAAAACUUGGGGUUUGCCAUGGGGAUCGAGUUUAGGGAGGGCUCCCUGGUACUGAAUGCUAAAAACCAGUACAAGCUGAAGAAAGGCAUGGUGUUAAGUGUGAGUCUGGGAUUUGCUGACUUGGUGAACAGUGAGGGAAAGAAGGAGGAACAGAAGAAAUAUGCCCUCUUCAUAGGAGACUCAGUUCUGAUAAAUGAGGAGGACCCUGCCAUUAUACUAACUCCAGUGAAAAAGAAGAUAAAGAAUGUUGGAAUCUUCCUCAAGAAUGAUGAUGAGGAUGAUGAAGAUGAGGAGGAAGAUAAUGCAGAGGAGCUUUUGGGUAAAGGAGCUCGUGCUGCCCUUCUGGCUGACAGGACCAGGAACGAGAUGACUGCUGAAGAGAAGAGGCGGGCCCACCAGAGAGAACUGGCCAAUCAGAUGAACGAAGAAGCCAAGCGACGUCUGACUGAACAGAAGGGUGAACAACAGAUUCAAAAGGCCAGGAAGUCAAAUGUGUCCUACAAGAACGUGUCUCAGAUGCCCCGUGAGAAGGACAUUCGGGACAUGAAGCUCUACAUUGACAAGAAGUACGAGACGGUCAUUAUGCCAGUGUUCGGCAUAGCCACACCCUUCCACAUCGCCACGGUUAAGAACAUCAGCAUGUCAGUUGAAGGAGACUACACCUACUUGAGAAUAAACUUCUUCGUGCCAGGCAGCUCGCUGGGGAGGCACGAAGGCAACAUCUUCCCCAACCCUGAGGCCACAUUUGUCAAAGAGAUUACAUACCGCGCAUCGAACCUCAAGUCCCCCGGCGACCCGUCGGUACCAUCUACCAACCUGCAGAAUGCCUUCCGCAUCAUCAAAGAGGUGCAGAAGCGCUACAAGACGCGGGAGGCUGAGGAGAAGGAGAAGGAGGGCAUCGUCAAGCAGGACUCGCUGGUCAUCAACAUGAACCGCAGCAACCCCAAGCUCAAGGACCUUUACAUCCGGCCCAACAUCGCCCAGAAAAGGAUGCAGGGCUCGCUGGAGGCACACACCAACGGUUUCCGGUUCACAUCCGUGCGCGGUGACAAAGUGGACAUCCUCUACAAUAAUAUCAAGCACGCCAUUUUUCAGCCCUGUGACGGAGAGAUGAUCAUUGUGCUGCACUUCCACCUAAAGAAUGCAAUCAUGUUUGGGAAGAAGCGGCACACGGACGUACAGUUCUACACGGAGGUGGGCGAGAUCACGACGGACCUGGGCAAGCACCAGCACAUGCACGACCGUGACGACCUCUACGCCGAGCAGAUGGAACGCGAGAUGAGACACAAGCUCAAGUCGGCCUUUAAGAACUUCAUUGAGAAGGUGGAGACCCUCACCAAGGAGGAGUUGGAGUUCGAGGUCCCAUUCCGAGACCUGGGGUUCCAGGGCGCCCCCUACAGGAGCACCUGCCUACUGCAGCCGACGUCUAGCGCACUCUGCAACGUAACUGAAUGGCCCCCUUUCGUUGUCACACUGGACGAAGUUGAGCUGGUCCAUUUUGAGCGUGUGCAGUUCCAUCUGAAGAACUUUGAUGUUGUCAUCGUCUACAAAGACUACAACAAGAAGGUGACGAUGAUCAAUGCUGUGCCCGUCAACUCGCUCGACCCGAUCAAAGAGUGGCUCAACUCAUGUGACAUCAAGUACACAGAGGGUGUUCAGUCCCUGAACUGGACCAAGAUCAUGAAAACCAUUGUGGAUGAUCCUGAGGGCUUUUUCGAGCAGGGCGGCUGGUCUUUCCUUGAUCCUGAGAGUGAGGGAAGCGGUGGUGAGGAAGACUCUGAGUCUGAAAUGGAGGAUGAGACGUUCAACCCUUCAGCUGAUGAAGAGGAGGAAGAAGAGGAGGACAGUGAUGAAGACUACUCUUCAGAGACUGAGGACUCGGACUACAGCGCAUCUCUGGGUAGUGAAGAAGAAAGUGGCAAAGACUGGGAUGAACUGGAAGAAGAGGCCAGAAAAGCUGACAGGGAGAGUCACUAUGAGGAUGAUGAGACCACCACUAACAACAGGAAGAGGAAGGGCAGAUCAACAGCUCCACCCCCCAGCAGCAAGAAAAAGCGGCGGCAUUAAGUUACACAUGCAUGUGUGCGCAUACACACCCUCACCUGCACUGCCAAUUAAUGGUUUCUUCAACCCCCCCCCCCCCUCUGUGUGUGUGUGUGUGUGUGUGUGUGUGUCUGUCUGUCAUUCUCACAUACACACUGUAAAUAAAGGCUUUUGCCCCUUGGUCGUGUUAAAUGGUUGAGUGUCAUAAAGAAAUGCUCAUGUACUAGAGAGCAGAAAGAUGUUUGACUCAUCUUUCUCAACUUUCAUUCCUGUUUGGCAUUGUGGGUGUGUGUAAGUGCGUGUAUGAGCUAAUGGCAGAGGGGUGUCCUGUAAAUUUCAUCCAGAAUUUUUGUUAACCAACAGAGAGCUACAGCAGUGUUGGUGGGGUUUUUUUUUUUUUUUUUUCCCCUCUCCUCCCUUUCCUGCCAUGUGCUUUAUUAGAGCCUUCUGUGUCUCUUCUCAGAUUGUCCAUCUCAUUUUGCCCUGUAUUUCCUUCCCCCCCCCAAAAGCUCUUGGAACAGAUUGACCUAUAGAUUUGUGUAUAGAUUCGUUUUGAUUAAUUUUUUUUUCUGCUCUCUUUUUGUUUGGGUGGGGGAGAAGAGGGAGGGUCAUGGGUAUACACCACAUGUGGACAUAAGGACAAACAGUUUAUAGAUGUGACGUAAACAUACACUGUCUUUUGUUAUUACCAUUCUCUUCGUCCUGAAUUGGUAGUCUUGUUAAAAAAAAAAAAUAAAAAAUUUCUUUUUUAAAAAAAAAUUAAAGGAAAUAAAAAGUCUUAAUAUUU